AUGAUGACGGAUGGAAAGACCCUCUUUGAAAAUUCUGAUAGUAUUUCUAAAGCAAAAUAUUCAAUAACACAUCCAGGAGAGACUCAAAAUAAAUCUUAUGACACUCCACCAUCUCCAAGACAUAAAGUUACAGAGAAAAUGAUUGACGCUAGCAAAAAUGAUUUUAUUGAUGAUUUUCCUGAUUUUCCUGAUGAUAAAUUUUUAUUUGUUCCAUUAGAUGAUAUUGAACCAACUAUACCAUUAAUGGAGAUACCAAUUGAAUUAUUAGAAUUAGAAGGAAUAUCACCAGUUAAUGUAUUAUUUCCAGUUAAAGAAAGGUUAUCUAUUUUUUCUACUUAUGCUGUUAAACCAAGUUUAUUUGCUAUACAAGAUGCAAAAAGAAAGCAAAUUAAAGAGUUAUUUAAACCUAAGAGAUCUCAAAAAGAUUAA